UGUUGUGACAGUGGUGGUGGUGGUUUUUGUUGUUGUUGAUAAGUUAAGAUUAAAAUAAACUUUCUCCACUUAUCAUUAAAGUUUUAAUGGUUCAAUGCAGCUAAUAGUGAAACGCAUUAAGUCUUAUUUGUCACUUAUCAGUUGAUGAUUUACUUAUAGUUCUAUUUGAUGAAAAAUGUUGACAAAAGUGUCCUUUGUAACUUCAUCUUUCGAUCCUCUAUGACGUGUUGGUAUUUGCGGAUCCAGUAGUGUGCAUCCGUUAUCAUUAGGUAUACCAUUUUUCUUCCACUUUGCUCAACUAUUUCCCAUCCUAAUGGGCUUGUAUGUGCUCUUAUCUUUAAGUAGUUCCUCGGCCUUUUUGACGUAUUCUUCUUUGUCCAUAAUUACUGUGGUGCGUUGUUGACAAAAUUCAGUGUUCUGAUCAUUUUAAGCAUCAAUUCAAGUAUGUUUAAGAUUUAGUUCUGUAGUGAACGAGAACAUCAGUGAGUACAACCGAAUGUAUUUGAACACUAAAACACAGAAUCUCAGUAAAAUCUGAGAACCAUACAGUAAAUAGUUCAUUUGCAAAAUGUUAAUCAAUUGUCUCAGACUUUAUUGUUCUUUCGUUUCCACAUCAAGCAUUCUCUGUUCUCAUUCUCUUUUCCUCGACCUUCUUAAUCUUCUUCCUCCAGGUAUUUCACUUUCGAUUGAUGAUACAUACCACCUAUAUCUGUCAACAUCAGUAACAUACACCACAGUUCUCUCCUAAAUGCGAAAUGCUGCUUCAGGAUUGGCUUGCGUCAUCGUUUGUAUUAUUAAUAGGGUGCGAAAAAGUUGAAUGCAUUGAUUGCUUCAUUUAUCUUGGGAGUCUCAUCAGUCCUGAUUAUCUAGUGUCUGGCAAGAUCUCAUUACGAAUUGAAAAGGCUUGAGUGGUCUUUGUCAGUUUGUAUCAUUUGUGGCGUAGGCGAGAUACUCAUCUUUCAACCAAAGAGCGAGUUUACUGCGCUUUAUGGAUAUGAAUCAUAGCUAUUAAGAAUAGAGGAUAUUCUAAGGUUACUGGUUUCCGAUCACAAGUGUCUACGAUGCAUUGCUCAUGUGUUUUGAGACCACAGAGUAACCAAUGCCUGGAUUAGAAAUAGAAUACUCAGUAAGAAUUGUAAAUCGCUUGAGGUAUUAAAAUUUCACUAACUAAGGUGGUUGUGACAUUUGUUACGUAUAUCCAACCACCACCUACCAUGACAGACGAUGUUUUAUGGUGUAGGACUAGGCUUGAUGAAUGUUAGGGUCAGUCAAACCAAAACAUGACAUCAAUUCGUGAAGUGACUGACAAUUAGACUUAAUCAUGUUAAUACGUGUAGACUACCUGGUUGUUGUCAGUGUGAUGACCGUAAGCGGUGGUUAGAGACUUUGAAUGAAAUGGCUUAAAAUAGUUUGGACUGUCUCAGGUGCAUCUAUUCUUUGUCUUUCUCGAAUUCAGAUUCCGAAUUCCUCAUAAAGUUUUCCCGUAUUUAUCUCAAUAAUUUACAUUUUCUUCUCGAACUUGAAUCGGUAUACGUACGUUUAGGUUCUACGUUGUGACUAACUGAUGUGUCUGAAUCUGAGUGUUGUUGUUCACACUGAUAUUUGAACAUUGUAUCCUUCGUUUCGAACGUCCAGCACAUUAUGCACUUAGUUAUUGAGUCCUAAAGUGAACAAUAACACUUUGGUUCAGAUACAUUCAGCUGACAAUUUUCAAAUAGGAUGAAACGCGUGUCUUGGAUUCUUCUGCUUGGCAUUAUCUAUCUCUGUUCCAAAAUCUUUGUAACCGAUGAAAAUAUUGAGGCGAUCUAAUUCAUGUGGAUAUAACCUAAACGAUACAACUGAGUUAUAACUUCGUAAAGAUUUUGUGCAAUUUUUCACUUCUAACUAAAGCCAGGCGAAGAGUUGCAUGGAGAACAAGAUAGAACUGAUCAUCGGUUAUCUCAUUUUCUUUUAUGAGUCGUACUUAGCAAUAAACAUACCUACCUAUAACUCAAUACACUGGUUGAAAUUAAGGACCUUCCAAUCAUGCAGCGCAUCCAUGACCCACCACUGGAGAUGGUACUCAGGAACUUCGGCCUCACACGCAGAAGUUUAACUUCUAGAUCAAUGAAUUGUGGUUCAAUGGUGUACAAGUUUAAAUUCAAUCAAUUCGCCCCAUCGUUGGAUCAUUUUGCAUUACCUAUGGUGGAUAACUGUCUCACACCCGACAUAGUUGAAAAUCACUAGUCAGAGCUUCUCACUAGAAUUCUUAGAAUUGCAUCUAAAACUUAGUAGUGAGCACAUUAUCCUUAUUACUUUAGGAGGGUUAUGAAGACUGUUGAGUUACAUUAGUGUAGUAAUUCAAACUGCUUGUCUGUUCUCUUGUCGAUUUAAUUUACCUUAUAUUCCUAUAUACUUUGUAUUUAUGGCGACAUUUUAAACUUUUCUUUUUAACUUAAAAAAACCAACACACAUAUUUCAGGUGGAUAAUUCUGCGUUGACUGGUGAAUCUGAGCCACAAUCACGUACAGCAGAAUAUACGAAUGAAAAUCCAUUGGAGACGAAGAAUUUAGCCUUCUUCUCAACUAACGCUGUCGAUGGUGAGUAGUAUAUAUACAUAUAUAUGCAUCAACUCGGUUACAUAUUAUACUCUCAUUAAUUUUUUGUAUUUUAUACAUAUGAUUCAUUGCUUCCCCAGGUACAACACAGAUUCAUGUACUUGACUUCCAGCCAUACAUUCUCUGAAUUAUCAGGGCUACUUAUACUACGAGGUUGACUAAAUCAAGGCAAAUAGAGAUGAUUCGAACUCAUGACUUAUUGGUUAAAAGUUGAACCGCUUAAAUGCUGAAUUUUCAGAUUUUACAAUGAAGUUAAUAUAUUUAAACUACUUAGAUUCAAUUCAUCGGUCGAAAAUUUCACAUUCAAUCGAUUCAUUAUAGAUUAUGGCUAACACUGUUAUCACCUCAUAAGUUGACACUGCACUCUAACCUCUCCUCAUUCGAAUAUUAAACGACCAAUUGUAAAGAUAUUUGAAUCGUUCAGAAAAGGUGGUUUUUGUCUCCUCCAGUAAUUCAGUUCAUUGUCAGCUCAUGGUGAUAUGGGAUACAGGUACACUACCGGAAUAGUCAUCAUCUUCCUUUAAAUUCUGAGUUUGAUUUUUAUCCCACAUUUCUCAUUCGUUUAGUCUCUCAGAAAUUUUAAUGCUGGUCUGCAUCAAGUAAUGAUAGGUAUUGAAGUUGUUAAACAUGUCUAUCACUUCACUUAUCUUGUAAAUUUCAUUACUUCUGAUGCGUUGGUGUCUGACCAAGUCUUGACAUGAAGUGAGGGGGUCGAACCAAGAUAUCACAGUAAUCCGUGGGGUCAAUAAUUCUUAGACUGAGCCAUGCAUGUAAGCGUUAACAACAAAUAACGUAUAUGCCGAGUCUCACGUUAUUUAUAAGAGACUGAGCUAUAAAAACUGUCCAAUUUAUGUAUACAUCAUUCGAUCCUGUAUUUUGAACUUCCCUGAUUGUUAUGGCUAUAGUAGCGAGUUUAAUUUUUCACCAUUCUAAUCCUCAGAUGAAUCACUGCAGAAAUCAUGUUCAACUAAUCUUGAUCACUAUCAACUAGUGCAAACAUUUCAUUUUCAGAGCAGAAUACAACUUCAGUUUAUUAUUCAUUCUGUAUUGGUUGUUUGAAUCUUCCCUAUGACAUUUUGGACUGCAAUUGACCAGUCUCUUUUUGACCUAUGUGCAUCCUGUACGGAUUGCCUUGAUAUUGUCUUAAGUCACAAGCAUUAUAAUUGGUUAGCAGUAAAAUACAGGACGCGUGUUUCGUCCUGCUUGGGACUCGUUAUCUGCAUGUACCCACGUUCCGAAGUUGAUAUUCACUCUGGAACUCUAACCCGGUAUCCUCCAAAUAGAACGAAACUCGCUUCUCUGUCUUCCUUUAAACUAUGAGAUUAAAAUCGCUUUAUAUCUUUCUUUCUACGAAGCAAUUCUCUCUUCCUGUACUAUAUCCUUAUAUACAAUUUUUCUUGUAUAUAUUACCACCAUUGAAUUAACUACUUCUAUGAAUUCAGUGUUCAUCUUGUUAUGCUAACGAGGUAUUACAACUUGGACUGUUGUAUAUAUGUUCCUGGUCGUGCGUUGUAGCUAACUGACGAAACUUGCUUUGUAGAUUAUUCCAUUGCUAGCCACUAUCCAUCUCAGUUUAUUGUUGUUUACUAAAAAGAUUUCCGAUCAAUCCAUAUGCUAAUUAUAUUUCAAAGUUAAAACCAUUAGAGGAUUUCAUUUAAAUUUCUUUUAUAAUCUCUUAGAUAUAAUACAACUAUUAUUUAUAUGUAUUCUUGAGAUUAGGCGUAGUUUUUUUUUAUCCUAUUUUUGUGACCUACAUUUUAAACCAGUUGCUUGGAGGCAUGAAUUUGUUUGCUAUAAUAUAUAUAUUGAUCUGUGAUUGUGAAACUGACAGCCAAACACCAACUCUAAUCCUUAUAUUAGUUUGAUCUCAUAUUCCCCCUGUAGUUACAUAGAUCUUUCUCUCUCUCUCUCUCUCUCUCUCUCUCUCUCUCCCUAUAUAUAUAUAUCCAUAGUCUAUGCUUGAUAUAUCCUAUUUGGCAUCAUCGUUUAUCUACUUAUUUCUAUUAUUAUUUUGUAAGAAUUGUUUACUUGUUUUUCAAAGUUUAUUUGGAAAUUUCAGAUUACACCUAAUUUAUCUUCUUUUCUUUUCUUUUUUUGUUCAUUUAGUCAUUUAAUCAUAUUGAAUAGAUUAACUAUACUAUUAGAAUAAAUAAAAUUACUAUGAGUAAAUAAAUUAAUGAAAUAAUUAAAAGAAAAACAGAACAAAUGACUAUCAUAUCCAUCCACCAUAGUACUCCCCCCCUUCUGAUAUGGAUCAACAUAUGAUCACUAGUAAUGACUAACUUCAAGAGGUUACUACUUCCUAAAGUUCUAAUGAGAAGCAAUGAUCAACCGGAUCUGUUGUGAGUUAGUAGCUCACUGAAGAAAAUGGUGGAUAUGUCACUUAAUUUCGUGGAUUAGUUGAAGUUAGACAUUAACAACAUGGAAUGCUGGCAAGCUCAUUGGUCUAGUGGUUAAACGCUCACCCGCGAGACUGAUAGGUCUUGGGUUUGAAUCUCGUUAGGCGGGAUCAUGGAUACGCACUGCUGAGAAGACGAAACGGCCGUCCAGUGAUUCCAGGUUUUCCAUGAUGGUUUAAGUUCAUUUGACUCAUGAAUCCAACUAUUAAAUUACUAUAAUAUCGACAAAUCCCCUUCUGAAAAUAAUUAUUAGUAGAAUCAAAGAAUUUAACCAACUGAUAUUGAGUAAUUAACCCCUAAAAUAUGUUUGAUUUCACAUAUACAAAAUUGAUCAAAAUGCAAUUAUAACUCGAAUAACUUAGUGAGGUAAGGUCUCAGAUUGUGAAGUUUCACUAAAGUGGAUUCAAUUCUCACAGGGAGAAUCAAUUCGCCCAAUAUUAUAGGUUACAGCUUACUGAUGAGUGUUGACUAAAAUGAAAUCUUUGUCAAACAGGGUUUCUUGCUGACUAUAUCCAACCACUUAGCAUUGAAACAUAGUGCUUUUGAUAUUAGUAACCGCAUUAUAACUCGAUCUAUUGAAUGGGGUUUCACUAAAAGAACUAAACGAACAUAAUAUUGGUCACUGCUACUCAUUGACCAACUAGUUAUAGCUGCCAGUAGUUUGAAGAGGACGCAAACUUGUUGGAAUUAGUGUCCCUGUAAAAUUACAAUCAGUUUAGUUAAUAUUCCGCAUAUAAUGAAUAUCAAAUCACGAAUGUAGGAGGCUGGAUAUAUUAGGCGAAAAACAGACCAACCCUGACAACUCUCUUAAUUUCUCCGAUCGGUAAAGUUCAGCUGUAAUGUUACAAGUUAAGUACACUAAAUCAUGAAUUGACUGAAGUUGUUAAUAAGUUGCCUAUUGAAUGUGGUAGAUAACUCGAUGGUCUAGGGUGUCAGAUCUUAGCUGAUAGUUCUUUAAGUUGAAGGACUUAAUUUCUGACAGGGUUGUAAAUUCACGUUGAUGAAGAAUAGUUUUAUAUUCGGCAUGAACACAUCUUUACAAUCUACCACGGUUCCAAAGUACUCCUCGGAAAAGUCUAUAGGGGCUCGGAAAAAUCUCGGAAACACUAUCUAACCAGCGUUGAAUAUAAACUUCUCGUAAACAUCUAGAAUGUAAAGAGUCACGUUUCUGUUUAGAUACUUACCUAUACUGCUACAUCUCUUAGUAUGAUUCGAGAAGCUUUGAGAAGCUCAAGGUCAUGUGUAACUGUAAAUACCCUCACUUUCCUAUACAUAAACUGACUUUCUAGUAAAGCGUUCUUAUCGCAAUCCUCUCUUGCUUUCCUGCGUUUAAGUUGCCGUGCAGAUUUAGCCUGAGGUUAUUUGAAGUGCCUGCAAACCGGAUCAAGUGUUCAUUUAGCAGACUAAUCGAUAUUCGUCCACCUAAAACCGGUUUUUCGUGGUGUAAACUAUUUCUAUAUUGAAUAAUCUCCAUAAUUGUGUCCUCCUAGUUUUGUGCUAUUAGUUUAUGUGGUAACUUUUGGUGUCACACAUACCCCACUUACCAUGUACAUAUUUGUGUACUUAGCUACGAUAAGUAUGAAACAUAGUUCCUCAAGUCGGAGUAGGUGAGGAGGAGUUUAAGGUUGACGGAAAGUCGAAUCCCCAGUCAGUUUUUAGGGUAUUACUUUAAUUAUGAUAGCUUGACCUACUAAGUAUAGUUUUCUACACUGUAUUGAAGGGAGUGGUAUUGCCCAGCUUCAAAAACCGAGGCAAAUAAAGUAACUACAUGUCAAGAUAAAAUUUUAAUGAUUUGAAACUGAGUGGUUCACCUACUAAACUAUCGAGCAAUACAUGCUGUCAGUAAUAUUUAAUUUGGACCUUAUUAAGAAUAAACAUGUCAUACAUAUCUUUCACAUAUACACGGUCUAAUCCACAAGGUAGUGAAGCAACGUUAGGAGAUGCGGUCUCAUGAUAACUGGUAUCCGACAAUAGGUCCAUGUGCCAUUUGUUCCCUCAGGAUCCUGGUUGGUUUGUAUUUAGGGUUUUCCAACUCCCCUAGGUGGAUCCUCCAUAUCUACCAACCGGGUUAAUUCUCCAGACAUUCGAUUUUCGUCCUCUCAAUUUCAUAAACACUCCCAUCGCUAGAAGGGAUUCAGUGGGCCUUCACUACAAAUAAUUGUAUCCACAUGGCCAUGCGAAAGCAUUUAGAGAGAGAGAGAGGACUCUCCCCACCUUCGACCAUACCUGGGCAUUUGGGGGGCAAUUACCACCCGUAAGUUCAUUCGUUUACCUGCUUUUAUAAUUUUACUGAUAAAUAUAGCAAAAAUAAUAUUCAACAUGUAAAUAAGUUAUUUCUCUUCUCUGCUUUUUUUUUACAUCCUAUUUCAUAUUUAGGUACAUGUCGUGGUAUAGUUGUUAGUACUGGUGAUCGUACUGUUAUGGGUCGUAUAGCAAAUUUAGCUUCAGGUUUACAAAUUGGUCAAACACCAAUUAAUAAAGAAAUUAAUCAUUUUAUUCAUCUUAUUACAAGUGUUGCUGUAUUUCUUGGUGUUUCAUUUUUUGUUAUUGCAUUCAUUUUGGGCUAUCAUUGGCUUGAAGCUGUAAUCUUUUUAAUUGGUAUCAUUGUAGCUAAUGUUCCAGAAGGUCUUCUAGCUACUGUGACGGUAUGUUUAACAUUAACCGCUAAACGUAUGGCUAGUAAAAAUUGUUUAGUAAAAAAUUUAGAAGCUGUUGAAACACUUGGAUCAACAAGUACCAUUUGUUCAGAUAAAACUGGUACAUUAACACAAAAUCGUAUGACUAUAGCCCAUAUGUGGUUUGACAAUAAAAUAUUUGAUGCUGAUACUACAGAUGACCAGUCAGUUGCCACUUACGAUAAAAAUUCACCAACUUGGAUAGCAUUAGCUCGUAUUGGCAUGUUAUGCAAUCGUGCUGAAUUUAAAGCAGGCGAAGAAAACAAGCCAGUAUUAAAACGUGAAUGUAAUGGAGAUGCAUCGGAAUCAGCUUUGUUAAAAUGUGUUGAAUUAUCAUUCGGUGGUGUUACAGAUUAUCGUCGUAAAAAUCCAAAAGUUGCUGAAAUUCCAUUCAAUUCUACAAAUAAAUAUCAGUUAUCGAUCCAUGAAACCAAUGAUAGUGAUGAUCGUUACUUAUUAGUUAUGAAAGGUGCACCUGAACGUAUACUUGAUCGUUGUGGAACUAUUUUAAUUAAUGGUAAAGAAGAAGUUAUGGAUGAAUCAAUGCGUGAAAAUUUCAAUAGUGCUUAUUUAGAACUUGGUGGAAUGGGUGAAAGAGUUCUAGGAUUUUGUGAUUAUCGUCUACCAUCGGAUACUUAUAAGAAAGGUUAUGCUUUCAAUGUAGAUGAACCGAAUUUUCCUUUAACCAAUUUACGUUUUGUUGGUUUAAUGUCUAUGAUUGAUCCACCUCGUGCUGCAGUACCAGAUGCAGUGGCUAAAUGUCGUUCAGCUGGUAUUAAAGUAAUCAUGGUCACUGGUGAUCAUCCAAUCACAGCGAAAGCUAUUGCUAAAGGUGUGGGGAUAAUUUCGGAAAGUUCUAAAACUGUCGAAGAUAUUGCCGCUGAACGAGGUAUUCCAGUUCGUCAGGUCAAUCCACGUGAUGCACAAGCAUGUGUAAUACAUGGAUCUGAUUUACGUGAAAUGACUCCAGCACAAAUUGAUGAAAUUUUAUUAAAUCAUUCAGAAAUUGUAUUUGCACGUACUAGUCCACAACAAAAAUUAAUUAUAGUUGAAGGUUGUCAACGACAAGGUGCAAUUGUUGCUGUAACCGGUGAUGGUGUAAAUGAUAGUCCAGCUUUAAAACAAGCUGAUAUUGGUAUGUAUAUGUGUGUAUAUAUAGUUUUUUUCAUUAGUAAUGUUGUCGUUAGUUGAGAUUAUCUAGAUGUGUAUUAGGUAAAUGUCUCGCUAUCAUAUCAUUUAAUCUCUGUCAUUGAUAAUUAGGACUCACAGUUGAAUUCAUGAAUCGAUCUAAAACCUGAAAGUACUUGACGGACAUUACUUCCUAGUAUAGGACUUCUCAAUGUUGAAUGUUUGAAAUGUUUAUCCAAGUGUUACUGACGUUAGCUUGAAUGUAUGGUAUACUAGUCCCAUUUGGAGAUUGAUAGUUAACUUCUCUAUUGUUAACGAUGAAAUAGGCCAGUCAACAUUUUUUUUCAAAUCUUCACAACAAUUCGUAAGAAAAAUUCAUUUUCCAUCACUAUAGAGUGAAUCACAACGUAGAACAUGGUACGUAUGUACAUCGGUCAUAGUUGUUAUAUCCCAUGAACACAUAGAGAUAAAAUUAUUAGGCUGAAUCCCAGGAUAGUAAAGGUGGUAAUAGUAUCAACGGUAUCAGAAAUCAUUUUGAGGAAAUAGUCCUUAUUGAUUUCUUGAAGUUGUUAAUUGGACAACAGAUAUAGUUUGAUUUGAGUGUAACAAAUUUUUUCAGAUCUAACAUGAUAAAUUGUCAUGUUUGUCGAAACUAACUCCAAAUUAUAUCACUUUUCAAUAACAAUAAUAUUAGUAGUAAUAAUCAUAAGGACAUGCAUCGUUUCAUCCUAUUUGAGACUAUUUUGCUGUAUGUACUUGCAUCCCAUAGCUGAAGUUCACUUUGAGAUUCGAACACCAGUACCUUACACUUCAACUGACUUAUUAAGAGAUGAUUGUGGUAACCGCUUAAGCGCUGCUCUUCGAGUUUCUACUUAUUUUCAAUCUAUUUGUAUCUGCAAAGCUUCAUAUAGUCGUGUUAGGCUUUUGAAUUGAAGACGACUCAGUUCGAGUCUCUGUGUGUACGUCAACACUAGAAUGCAUGUACGUCGAACUGAUAAGUCUUAAAUAUGAUGAAACCUGCUUUUUGAAUUCCGCUGCUAACCACACUAACCAACUUUAAUAGAUAUCUCUCUGUAUAUUUUUUAUUUCAUCAUCACCAUAUUUCUAUGGCCUAAUUUGAUAUUAUAAAUAUUGUGUAAUUUCAAAUGAUGGAGAAGAUUUUUAGCCUAGGCGGGUGUUCUUGGUGUUGUUGAGUUCCGAGAGCUAUAUGGUUUAAUUGUGAAGUUUUCAUUGUCGUUCUGAACAGCAUCACCAGCGAUCUCUUCAUAUAGAUGUAAGCAUUUUAGUUAUUCUACGAGUCUUAAAUUAGUUUACCUUAGUGGUCUUGAUUAUAGUUGGUUAUCCUCAAAGAUUUCAUUAUCUUCAGUAGUCCUUGUGUUCACGUUGACUGUUCUGUUUUUUUUACCUUUGAAUUAGUAGGUUGGGUUUUAAUUGACGUGCGUAGUGAACACUGAUUGAUCUGAAUACAACACUUUCUGAAAGUUGGCAUUUUUAGAAUCCCCACGAUUUAGAAUUUUGAUAUUUUCCUAGUGGAAUCCAUUUGUGUAGUUGUCUACAUUUCAUUGAUAUCAGUCAGUGAUCUCUGAGAUACGAUGUAUUCCACAUAAAACCUAUCGUGAUUUCCGAGAUUAAUUUUAUGAUGACUAGUUGAGUUGCCAGACAACAUUUUGAACAAUUUUAUAUGAUAGAAACUUUUUACAGACGACAAACAAAAGAGUUUCUUUCAAGAUAAGAAGGCUGUAGUAUGUUGCUGAAAGUAAUCAUUUCUAAGAUCUGGAUCAACUUGAAUAUUCACUUAUGUAUAAAUACUAAGUAAUCAUUGUGAAAGUCAGUUCCCUUUGUAAACAUUUUAUCAUAUUAUUUUUAGUAUCAUUAUUGCUCUGUUAGUCCAAUAGAAAUUCUCAGUAUAAGGUUGCAGUGAUUGCUCAGUUUUAAUUAAGAUCAUAAAUUGAUCAUUAUUAAACCACCAUUUAAAACCUGGAACCACUGGAUGACUGUUUCGUCCUACUAUGGGAUUCCUCAGCAGUGUGCAUUCGCGACGAAACGGCCGUCCAAUGCUUCCAGGUUUUAAAUGGUGAUCUAAUAUUGAUCGGUUCAUGAUCUCAAUUAUAGCAAUAUAAAUUUGUUUAAUUAAUGAUUUCACUCUUUCUCUCCUUAUUAUAAUUUAUUAAUUUUCUUGUUUUUAUUAUACAAGGUGUUGCAAUGGGUAUAGCCGGUAGUGAUGUGAGUAAACAAGCAGCUGAUAUGAUUUUAUUAGAUGAUAAUUUUGCUUCAAUUGUUACAGGAGUUGAAGAAGGUCGUAUUAUAUUUGACAAUUUGAAAAAAUCCAUCGCUUAUACAUUAACAUCGAAUAUACCAGAGAUUACACCAUUUUUGGUGUAUAUUUUAGCUGAUAUUCCAUUACCGUUGGGUACAAUUACAAUUCUAUGUAUUGAUUUAGGUACUGAUAUGAUUCCAGCAAUUUCAUUGGCUUAUGAAGAGGCUGAGGCAGAUAUUAUGAAACGUAUGCCACGUGAUCCAUUACAUGAUAAAUUAGUGAAUGAACGUUUAAUUUCAAUGGCUUAUGGUCAAAUUGGAAUGAUACAAGCAUCAGGUGGUUUCUUUGUUUAUUUUGUUAUUAUGGCUGAAAAUGGUUUUUGGCCAUCACGUCUACUUGGUAUACGACGUGAAUGGGAUUCCAAAGCUAUUAACGAUUUAGCAGAUUCUUAUGGACAAGAAUGGACAUAUAAUCAACGUAAACGAUUAGAAUAUACAUGUCAUACAGCAUUUUUUGCAUCAAUUGUCAUAGUACAAUGGACUGAUUUAAUGAUUUGUAAAACACGUCGUAAUUCUAUAUUUCAACAAGGAAUGUGGAAUCAUCAUUUAACAUUUGGUUUAUUCUUUGAAACAACAUUAGCUAUUUUCUUAUCUUAUUGUCCUGGUUUAGACAAAGGUCUGCGUAUGAUGCCAAUGAGGUAAGUUAAAUGAAGACUAAAGUAAAGUUUCUAUUCUUUAUAUGCUUCUUUUUUCUCUCUUCUAUUUGGAGUUGUAAUGUAGGGUGUAGUAGUAGUAGUAGUCUUGGAAUUUAGAAAGCGACUACGAAGUCAGUAUCAAGUAUUCCAUCAAUAAACUGAGUUCUGAGUUAUAAAAUAUUUGAAAUAUGUACAUUUAGAGAAUAUUAACAAAAAUAAAAUCUUACUAAUUCAACAGCUAAACAAUUCCAGUUCUUCAAAUGAUCAGUAGUGUUCAGUCAGUCAUUAUUGUCGAUCUUAUGGUUUCUAAGAUUUAAAUGAUGAACUGAUCUUAGCUAGACCAUCAUUGGGAACGUGGAAGAGCUGAACGGCUAUUUCAUCCUACUAUGAGAUUUCUGUUCAGUGUACAUUCACAACCCUGCAUCCUGGGGUCGAACCGAAGACCUUUAGUCUCAUGCCUUGAUCAUUGGAGUCCAGUCAUGUCUAGUGUGAAACAGCAGGCGAUGAAUAAGGUUACACAAAAUCAAGGAUUGUCUGAAGUUGGACAUUAAUACCGCUAUAUACUGGCCUAGUAAUCUAGACGUUGGGCAUUCAUGCACGAGAACGAAGCUCGUGAGUUGGAUUCUCGAUCAAGGGAUGUUGAAUCCACAUUGAACAGAAAUCUUAUAAACGGACCGGAUGGCCCUCCAGUACUUUCACAUUUACAAUGAUGGUCUAGCUAAAAUCAGUUCGUGAUUUAAACUUUGAGAAUUCUACAAUCUACACAAAUUCCUCAUACUUAUAUUAUCAUCACCAAGAUCAUUAACAUUCAGCUGUCUAUACAAACCAAGCGUUAAUUAUUCCGUUUAUUAUUUACAUUGUUAUUAUCAAUAAUUUUGCCGAACUUUAUUCAAAUAUGAGGAUGGAUUUAGGACAACAUCAACAACAACGUCACAAACAGCAGUCGAACUGGUCCAACUUCAGUAAUUUACAUUCAUUAGUGUGAUGAACACUGAUAAGUCUUCCACUCAUUGUUCACCAUGUCAAGUUAUAUUAGUGUAAUGAUGGAUAAAUAUACCAACGGUUCUUUAAUCUCUAUCGUUGACAGCAUAGCAAAUAGACAUGCCAACCUAAAGAUCAGUUUCUUUUUUCCCGCGAUAUUUGAGGGUCUUUACUGUGGUCACUUCCUUAAAUAAUAAUCUUAUUACGUAAGUCUUUGUAUCUACUCGAAAGACUGAAUAUUAUACGUAUAUUAUUUGGUGUUUGUUCAAUUGUUCAUCUCUUUGUAUAUGUUGGUGAUUUUUUCUUCUUAAACGAAAUUUUCUCUUCCAGAUUUACAUGGUGGCUUCCAGGUCUACCAUUCAGUUUUCUCAUAUUUGUCUAUGAUGAAGUGAGGAAAUUCCUACUUCGACGGUUACCGCCUGGGUCAUGGCUUGAAAAAGAAACAUAUUAUUAGUUGUAGUUAUAGUAAAUCCCCUCCCCCUCUAUUAUAUAUGAGUAAAUAUAUAAUAUAUAUAUAUAUAUAUAUAUAUAUAUAUAUAUAUAUAUAUAUAUGCAUUCUUGUCAUGUCUCUCUGUGUGUACUGCACAUUUGUAGUUUCAAUUAAUUGAUUCUCUACUUCUCUCUAUCUCACUGUUUUCACACAUACACACACGCACUCGCAUGAUAUCCUUUUGAAAAUAUUAGCAUCUUCUGUAUUGAAACUAUCGAAUCCUGAUAUAAAUUACCUGAAACAUUACGGAGUUUUGUGUUUUACAUCACUCAUGUACAUGUGUGUGUGUGUGUUUGUGCUUAUGCACUUGCUUGUGUAUAAUUAUCUGUGCUGUUUUCUAGUGAAUCACUUGAUGAUGAGGAUGUUUGCCCAUAUUCUAUUUCCUUUUUUUCACUUCAUAUUAUUCUCAUCUCUUUAUUUGAAUAAACAACAUUCAUUAUAUUACUUUGUUUCUAACCUUCUUUCUGAAAUGGUUCAAUCAAUUUGUCAAUGAGAAAACCAUCUUCUUCCUUGUAUUCUUCUCCUUAUCAUUACCAUUUCAUUGAUCAUCAUUAUCGAGCUCGUCGUUACUCUAAGUUUCGCAAAGUAGAAUUUAAACACAACAUAUGUUAGAUAAUCAGUAAUAUGUGUAUUAGCGAGAAGUGCGCCUUAUCUUACAGUGAUUUCAUUUAUUCGUUGUUUUUUUUUCGAGGGGAAUUCUUUAUAAUAUUGUUGUAUUUUGACCGUCAUCAUCAAUAUUGUCAUUACUGCUAUAUGAACACUACUUACUACUAGAUUAAUUAGUGAUAAUCAGUAGUGUAAUAGGUGUGUAUUAUGAUAUAGUAUUUUAGUAGUAAUGACAAUUAUCAUAUUUAGAUACAUUUAUUAUUGUUAUUUUGUUUGUUUGUUAGUUUUUUUUUCCAUCGAAAUCUAUCUGAAACAAAAUGAAGUGAAGAGUUGUUCUUGCCUAGUCGUCGCCAUACGCUCACACACACACACACACACAUGUCACUUGCCCUCUCUAUGUCACUCACUUUGUUUCACUCUCUCCUUUUUUCUCUCUCGAUUUUGUUCAAUGGGAAAUUAUUUCCCAAACCCCUCCUUCUCUAUUGUUGUUUGUUUUUCUUGUAUCGAUCAUGUUGAUUUUGUACAUUUCACAUUGAUUUGUUUGUUUGUUUGUUCUAUGAAUAAUAAUUAUGAUUCUGUAGAAAAUGGUGUGUGUUUUUUUGGAAAGUGUGUGAAUUAGAUUGAGAAAAAAAAAGAGAAAAAAAACUAAAAAAAAAAGGGAAGUAAAUUGUUGUUAAUUAUUGUCAUUAUUUGUCAUUGUUAAUUGAACAUUUAUGAAAGAUUGUGGUUAAUUUUUCUUUUCUUUUUUCUUCUUUUUACUCUAUUCCAUUCGUCUCUUUCAAUUCGUUCGCCGGUUUUUUUGUUGUUGGCAUGAGUGACUCUCUUCUCCUACUUGUUCGUGUGUGUGUGUGUGUGUGUGCAUGUUUAGAUAUGUGGUAAUCUGAUGCUCAUAAACUGUGGUGUGUUUUUGUUUUAAUAUGGAUAAUAGAUUCCAUGUUGAUUGUUUGUGAACACGUCCCCUCUCUCUUUCUCUUGUUCACUCACACGCACACACACACACAUGUAUGUUUAUUGUGUAUUCAGUUCAUUCAUACUAAUCAAUCCAAAACCUAAUUAUUAUCAUUUAUGAUGAAUAGAGUAUAUUAAUGAUUAUUACAAUUAACAUAGUGAUAUAUAUGUGAUCUUUUAUACUAUUAAACAGGAUCAUAUUAUAUAUUUGAUUAAUGUCAUACUACUACUUCUACUACAUUACACAAAUAGAAGUCAUUAAUUAGUAGAUAAUUCUAUGAACUUGUUGUUACUAACAUCCUUUGUUAUUUUGUAUUGUUUCUUUUUUUUCUCUUUUCCUCUCUCUCUCUCUCUCUCUCUCUCUCUAUUUCUGCUUCUCUUUUUCAAUGAUUACACAAUAUAGACUAUUCAAUUUGGUCUUGACCAACCAACAUAUUCUAAUUCCAUAUUGAUAUCGUUUUUUUUUAUUAUCCAAAUAAUCUAAAUAGUUAGUGUUCAUGGUAAAAACUUGUCUAAUUUUGAUUCAUCCCAUCUUAUUUAAUCUAUUUUCUAUGUUCUUAUGCUUUAAAACAAGAAUCAUCACACCAAGAUAGAUCCAUCCUUUUUAUGUUUAGAUUCCCCCUAUAAAACUAGAUCUUUAUAGUAUGUGUAUGUGUGUGUGUGCGCGUGUAUGUGAUUUAGAUAUUUUGUCUUUUCUCCUUUACUUUCACAUAUACAAAUGGAUAAGAACAAAUUUGUGGAAUUUUUUUCUUUCUUUUUCAUUUCCGUGAUAAACUUCAAUAUUACAUAUAUAGUGUAUUUGUUAUGUAACUCAAACAAAUAAAAUUCUGUUCCCGCCUUUUUUUUUCUUUUAAAGAAUUAGAUCAAUAGUUUCGAACACUGCUCUGAUUGAUUGAUUGAUUGAUUCAUUGAUUGUUUUUCUUUGCCUAUUUCCAGUUGUUUUUGUUGUUGUUGUUCAUAUAUAUUGGUAUUAUUGUUACUGAUAGUUUGUUCCUUGUUCCAUCUAUUCUCUCCCCCUCCCCCCUAUAUUCGAUUCAUCUAAUUUGAAAUGACGUAAUCUUUUUUUUAUACAGAAGUACUAAUAUUAAUAUUACACAAUUGGUAGCCAUCAUAGUAACAUAUAUGUGUAUAUGUGUGUGUGUGUGCGCGUAACAGAGGCUAACAUACACACAUAUACAUAUAUAUACACGAGACGAGCAAUUACUGAUCGUCUUCUUUACUGCACCCGUAAUCAUCUAUCAGUUUUGUUUUCUCUUUCUUUUUAUAAAAAAAAAAGAACCAAUUUAUCAUUCUUACUCACUCACUCAUUAACUCUGUUCUCAUUUCUCAUUACACAUGAUAUUUGUUUCUUCUUGAUUUAUCCAAUUGAGUUUAUUUGUAGGAGUCUCAAUAAAUUGAAUAUACAAUAAUUGACUUUCCUUUAUUAUAAUCAUUGAUAUUGAUUGUAUUGUAUUGUGUAUUAGUGGUAAUGGUAGUUUUGAGAUAAUGGAUAGUUCGAGUUGAAGAACUCUAAGCUAAUACAGGAUACCUAGGUGAGAAUAAUAUUGGAUCUACUUUGACUGAAAUAAAUUAAGAAUAAGUGACAAUGUCGACAUAUAAUUUUAGUGUACGAUUAACUUGAGAGAAAGCGAUUAAUACAAGUCAUGACAUCAGUCCAUAUUGUCAUUGAUCGUUACACUGAGCCGUAUUGCUAUGGACAGGUUAUCUGAUUGAGAUCUGCACGAUUAUAUUGCCCAAUGGUUGGAGAAUUGGAGCGACAACACAUCUCAUAAACGUUCACAAUGAUUUAGUUGGAUUCAUUCCUGCUGUUCUCUUUGGUCUUGAAAUUUUAAAAUCAUCUUAUACUUUGUGCUUUGUGAAUUCACUCUUCUCGAAUCAUAUUCCCUUAACCUAAUACUAUUAUCAUACUACUCCGACAUUUCGGUAUGCUGAUGCGAUCUGAGGACUAGAAGCGAAGCAUAUAGUAAGUGACAGGUUCUACGCUGCAGUAUUCUAGUCCUUACACAAAUCGAAUGAAAUGUGACGCAUAUAUAUCUAGUGCCUUCUUGUACCAAUGUUUAUAUGCUUAAAUAAAUAAAUAAAACAUUGCAGAUUACUGAUUUACCUUUGAGAUAGUUGUGUGAUACUAUAUUCGAUCUGCCGCUAAUGAUAAUUAUUUUCCAACAGUGUACAACUAGAUAAGUACUUGUAUUAGUGUGCGUUGUUGGAUCACAUUGAGAUUAAGUCGAUAAGACGAUACACGAAGAACUCGAAGUUAUAAUAGCGUCCAGAAUCAACAGAGCAAACGAAUACACAUGUAUUUCCUACUAUUCCUUAACUAUGUUCUAUUUCUACGAAUAUUCGUCAAGAUUAGAACGAAUAGUUUGAUAGUAAUUGAGCGCCGAGUAUAGAGAAGUCAUUAUAUGUGAAAAUUAUAUUUGAAAUAUUCUCAGCGAUUGAUCGUUAUAAGAUCAGAAGGAAAGAUAUGCUUCAUAUUUUUAGUUUAGAUGUACAGGAACAUUACAAACGACAUGCUGAGGAGCUAACCCUUAGAGUUUCAUAUUAAAGUAAACAACCAUCUUCAAUUUCUGGAAUUUCGUAUCAGUGAUGAGUACUUUAUAUUUGGAAUCAGCAUACUGAACUUGGUCAUUCACUAAUGAAAUGUAACGUUAUCCACGCUUUACUUAUCUGGAGAUCCGGUAGAAACGUUUUCCUGUCGUGAUGUAGGCAUAAUGUUAUUAAUCAAAAUAGAAUAAUCAUUCCUGAAAUCGGUUUUCCUCUAUGGGUUAAUUGGAGUGGUGAUAACUCAACUAUGUUUAGGUUCACCCCAUUGUUCCGAUUCAGAUAGGAUAAACUAUGAUUUCUUCAAGAAAUCUCGUGUUUUUAGAAAUAUGUUCUUCCAGAUUUAGUCGUAGCAGGCAAUUUUAAUUUUAAAGUGAUUAGAUUAAGUAAACAAAUACUAGAAUUGAUCUUUCAGUGUUUCAGUUUAGAAAAAUAAUAAUGAUGACCAUUUACUACAAUUAUGUUCCUACAAUUUUUUGCACAUAGUAAUUGUCAACCUUGAACAUUGUUGAAUAGGCUGAAUUCAACGGUGACUAGGCAAUGAACACAAACAGAUCAUAUUAGUCAUUGUUGAAGAAUUUCACUAGAUAACAUUAUUCUACUCUGGAGCACAUAUCUGGACCUUCAUUAUUAGUACCUGUAAUUUAUUCACAAAUGUUUAGCAUUAUUAUUACAGGGGGUUGAUGGGAAUUCUUCAAUUUCAUUAUAGUUUACACUAGAGAAAUGACUAUUUAAAGAAUUACUGAAAAUACCCAAAGCUGUGAACAGGCUUUAGUUACUUUUCAAAAGUAAUGAGAUGUCAAAUCAAUAGUCUAAAGUUGGAGAUUAGUAUGGGGGAUCUUGUAGAUUAUUGCAUAUUUUAGUUUAAAUCGCCGAGUGAUCUUAGGCAAGCUUUGGAAACCUGGAAGUAUCGGACAGCUGUUUUGUUCUAGUAUGUAACUGCUAUGUAAUGUUCAAUAACGACUCCAUAUGGACUUGAACACCCAAGUGUUUCUUAUAAGGCUAUCUGCAAAACCCUAAUUGUCAUGGGAUCAAACGUUGAUAACGUCAUGGGUGUGCACUCUUGAGGAAUCCUAUACUAAGACACGAUAUCCAACACUGCAUGGAAUUCAACACUCAUAUACCUGAAAUCAAUCCGUAUUUUAAACAAGUCUUCUAUGCGCAAGAGUUUAAAGAGAUUUAAAAUAAUUAACAGUCAGAAAAGUGGAUUAAGGAAAUCAAUAAAUUGAGAUACUGAGAUCACUCUGACCAAAAAGUAUUCCCUUGUUUCUCAUAGCAAUAUCAUUCUUAUUGAAUACUAUCCUAUUCCUUAUUUCCCCUACUCUGCUCACAAUUCUCAUUCCUUAUAUAGCAAUCUGCUUAACUUCAAGCUAUUUUGUUCCCUACACGUUUUUUUUUCUUUACAAAAGUUUCUUUAUUUUAUUUUACUCCUCCCCCCCUUUUUGAAUUGUUUUUUAUUACCACAUAACGUGUUUGCCAAUGUGUU